AUGGGCAGAGACGACGGCGGCGCGCUGGUGCCGGCGCCCGCGCCCGCGCCCACUCCGGGCCAGGUCUACCUGCCCGCGUGGCGCCGCGCGUACGAUCGCCUCGUGAAGAUGCUGCGCCAGGCGUACGCGCAGGCCGAGGAGCUCUCCGUCGAGCGCGAGCACCUCAUCACCGAGCUCCAGUUCCUGCAGAGCGGCAUCCGCGAGCGCGAGGAGAUCUCCCAGGCCCGCCUCCAGCAGAUCUGUAAGCACGAGGAGCUCCGCAAGAGAGUCGUUGAGGCUGAGACGGCGGCGCGUAUUGGUGGCAAGGAGCUUCAGAUUCACUGCUACAAGAAGCUCGCAGAACUUGCUGAGGAUGAUUUGGAGGACUUCAAAAGUUGUAUUUCUAAUUUGGCUGCUGAAAAUACUGAGCUAAAGGAAAAACUGAAGAAGUUUGAAAGUCAGGUGGAGAUUUGUACCGACAAUUCAGAUCACCAGAAAAGUGGGAAAGAUAUUAGGGAAGAGAUAAGGAAACUAAAGAAAGCUUACAUGAUCCUGAGAUCAGAGAAGGACAAGGAAAUUUCAGCAUUACAAGCAGAAAAGAAUUUUGUGUGUAACCAGCUUAAGACAAUGGAAGAAGAUUACAGUGGUGCCAUUAAGAGCAAGAGCAUAGAGGUAAAGCAAGCACAAAAGCUUCUGCAGAAUGUAGAUGAGCUGCAAGUGGCAGCCCAAAAGAAGGAUGAUGAAAUCGUUAGACUACAAGUUGAGGUGACAAAUGCCAAAGAGAGGAUGUCAAUUCUUGAGGAUGAGCUGCAAAAAAUGCGCUCUUUGGUGAAGGAUAAAGAUCUUGAAACUGAUAAAAAUGAAGAUGAUCAAUCAGACACUAGUAAGAUGUCAAAGAAGGAUAUUAAUAAGGCAAAUAGAAAAUCUAAGUCUACAAGAACUUCCCAGGUCACACCUGAUAUAUCAAGAACUUCCCAGGUCACACCUGAUAGGCGAGAAGUGAAGACUACACAACACAUGCGUCUGAGACUAAUCAGAAACGCAAGCUUAGCUCCUUCAAGUCCUCCCUGUCGUGUGGGUUUCACUCUCGUAAAAGCCUGGAACUUACUGAAGAAAGUACACCGUCGAGCACAGCCAAUCGAUGGCUUCGCCAAGGCUCUCCUGGCCCUUGAUAAGAGGCUGCAUGGCAGUGCUGACAGCGCCAUGACCAUGGAGAUCCAGAAAUUGAUCGAGUCACUCUGGAUCAGCCGAGGCGGAAGCCUGAGCCCGUCUCAGAAGCUGACCAAGGUGUUCCACCAAUGA